UUACCGUCAUAUAAUCGAUUAUGUUGUCUAUCCAUACAUCGUUGGAUUGCUCGAUCACAAUGGUCAAAUGUGAAACUAAUCCUCAAUAGAUUACCACUACGAUAUUCACUUAAAUCACGUCUAUUUCUACAGACGAUGACCAGAAAUCAAUUUGGUUUUACUUGUGGUCGUAUGUAUUUCAUUUCUAAAUUCAAAUGCAUUCAAAUGUUUAUAUUGAAUUUUCAUAUGGCCAUUAAAUUUUAUAAAAAAAUUUGC